GCUGAUACGUAAAAAACAAAACUUAUUAUUUUAUUAGAAAUGAUUUCAAAACAAUUAAGAAAUAGUUGAUGUAAAAUCAAAAAUAUUGUUUGUUAACUACAACAGCCUAGUAGGCUCUUGCGUGUGUUUACUAAUCUACUAGUUCUACUUCAAGAUUAUUGAAUCCAAUUAUUUUAGAAUUUUGACAAACGUUUACCUAGAAUAUUAUUGUAAGUAACAAUUUGCCUCCUCCCUACCCAAAGGUGCACUGUUAUGCUGCAAUCGUGUUUAAAAAUGAAGUCGGGCUACAAUGCAAAACGAAUAGUUUAUGUGUUAGCCAAUAGGGCCUAUUCCAGAAAAUCUCGGCGUGAUAGAGAAAUUAGAGGAGAAGAAUUAUUAGAACAGGAAGACGAGCUCGUAAUGAAAAUUGAAGAUUCUGAAUUCCGAACAAAUCCUAAUUGGCAGCUGCUACCAAGACAUAAAGAUAGCCAGUUCAAAUUACCUAACAAUUUGGGUAUUGCACCUGAGGACUGUGUCAUAACUACUAGACUAAAUUAUUAUACUCAAGACUGUCCAAUUCUUUUAAAAUCUGAAAUCACAGAGCGAUUCAAUGUUCCCCAUUUGAAAAAUUUCAGCUUGUGUAUGAUUACUAUUAAUUUAAAGCAAACCUCUAAUACAAACAUGUCAAAUUUAACAAGACAGUAUUUACAUGCUGCUUUUGGUAUAAGUGAUCGUCUUCAAAGUGCUGGUUAUUGGGCUGAUUUCAUACAUCCUUAUACUGGACUUCCAGCCAUUAACCCAGGACCUAAUAUUGAUUUUUCCGCAUUAGAAUUACCAUACAAACAUACUGUUUAUCAAGUCAAUACACGCAGAAAGUGCAAAGUGAUUGUAGAAAAAAUAUCUCCUAAUACUAUUGGUAACUUAUUUACAAAUGCUUUACCUUCAAAAACUGAUGUUGUUGAAGAUAUUUUGGACGAAGUUAGUGAUUUACAUCAAAAUACUUAUGAUUGA